AUGGACUGCAAAAGGCAAUCUGUGAUACACUUUGACAUUGCACCUUGCGUCGAUGCUGAAACGAAGAGCCUAAGACCGCACAUCGCCAAUGCUAAAUUUGUCCUGAUCAACAAACUCUGGGUCAUUGCUAAGCUGUCAGACACCAUCAAUGAUCGGACCUACAGCUUCUAUGGCAUCAGCAUCCCGGCGUGUCUCUAUGCCACAUACUCGGCGCCGGGACAGUCGUACGAUGAUGCAAGGCGCAAUCUCCACAAGGUCAACGGUCGGAUGCAGGUCUAUCUCAGCUUUCUGGAGCUGGCGCCUAUGCUCUGCAUGCUCGCGGUGCUGGACAUCAGGCGACUUGAAUGCGCCGCUCAACCCGACUCCUUCCUCCUCGCGAACGUCCGUAUCACUAUCAUGGCUGUUAUGGACGGAGAUAUCCUACCGGCAAUGUACUUCCUUACCUUGUUCCUCCUCGAGCAAUACCGCUUUUUGGAAGUCCAGGAAGCCUACAUAUUCGACAACCACGACCACGCCAUGAAACUGUGUCCCAAGGUGCCGUUCAAGCCUCAACGUCACCCCACAGUGUCGCAAGCCGAGCAUGGGAACGAUUGCGCCAUUUGCCAAGUCGAACCGAUCGGGCUUUUUGAAGACGUCUACAAGCUCCCGUGCAAGCACCAGUUCCACAGAUGGUGCCUGCUCAAAUGGCUGUGUCAUAUGGGCAAAUCGAAGUGCCCCAUGUGCCGAGAUACAAUUCUCGCCAAGGACGGGCUCUUGGGUGUCAAAUGUGUCCCUUAUUUGAGAUGGAGAGAGGAAGUGUUGGCUUAA